AUGUCGUCUGAUAAUAUUGAAAAAUUAUACCAGAACUAUGGAAUUUUAGCCGAUGCCAAAGAUGAGAUAUCAAAGCACGAAAAAGAAUAUUUGGAGAUAUUGGCCGCGGUUAAAGGGUCUGAUAAAGAAAAACGUUUGGCGUCUCAGUUCAUUGCAAAGUUUUUCAAUAGCUUUCCGAAUCUAGCUGAACAGGCUAUUGAAGCUCAAUUUGAUCUUUGCGAAGAUGAUGACGUUGCUAUCCGCAAACAAGCAAUAAAAGAUUUGCCUACUAUGUGCAAAACCAAUAAAGAGCACACCCAACGGAUUGCUGAUAUUUUAGCACAGCUUCUACAAUCUGAGGAUGCUACGGAAAUAAGUGUUGUCACCAAUUCGUUAGUGACAAUUCUGAAGAGUGAUCCAAAAGGGGCAUUAACUGGGUUAUUCUCGCAAAUACAUCAAAGUACAGACUCUGAGGUUACCAAUGAAAUAGUGCGAGAGAGAUGCAUCAAAUUUUUGGCUACAAAAGUAAAACAACUUGGAAGAGAGGUGAUCAACAAGGAAGCAGAGGAGCUCAUCAUAGUUGAAUGCAAGAAAAUUCUAGAGGAUGUAGUUGCUGAGGAAUUUGAACAUAUUAUGGACUUAUUGACUUGGUCUAGACUUGGCAAAACCCCAGCUGGUAAAAAAGAAUUGGUUCAACUAGUUGCAGCUCUUGCUUUUUCACCAGACGACUGGCAUCCUGAGGAUCCAGAAUAUGUAGACAGAAUUAUACAAUGCACACAACAUGCUUUACCCUUAUUUUCUGUUCAGGUGGACUCAACUCAAUUUAUUAAUUUCUUUUGUGAUCAUGUUUUGAAGAGGUGGAAUGAUAUUGUUGUCUCCGAAGGCAAUGAUUCAAAACUGGAAUUGUUAAAAAUAUUUGCUGAGAUCACUGAAUUCUGUGGAGAUUUGGAGAAUUUGCAAACAAAAGUGGACACUGUGUAUGAUGUGUUACUGAACUACUUACCAGAAGCACCAAUUGAGGGUGAAAAUACUAAUGAAAAAUCUGAGAGUACAGAGGGUAAAACUGAAGAUCCUAAAACUAAUUCAGCACCAUCAUUACAAUUUUCACAUGUGGAAUGCGCUUUAUUUGCUUUGCACUCCUUAUGCCGCAAGUCACCUGAAGCAAUCAGUGCUGACACAGCCCGCCUAAAGGCUCUUCGAUUACGAUUGCAAUACACAGCAAGAUUAACUCAAGGAUAUAUUAAAAAGUUGAAAGAAGUGACUGACAGUAGGAAAGCUGCUGAUGAUAACUCUGAAGAAAAUAAAUUAAAAAUUGUUGCGUUAAACACCACUUCCAACAUAAACACGCUUAUACGCGACAUAUUCCGCACGCCACCGAGCUUCAAAAGCAAAGUUCAGCUAUCAUUCCUUUCUAGAAAGACAGAAAAAGAGAAUAAGCUGUCUGUUGUGACGAGUGAUGGGGAGAAAGAGUCUACUGGCCAGAAACGCCAUCUACCUAUAACAUUUGACAAUGGAGAAAAGAAAGAAUCCCCAGAGAAGAGGUCUCGGAGUGGUGACAGAAAUCUUAAAAUGUAUACACCACCCUCAGGAAAAUAUAGCUCCAGAUUGAAUAACAGUGGACGAUUCAGUGGGAACUAUUCAGGGAGAGGUAGAGGGUCGUAUGGUAGAAGGGACUUCCAUAAUAAUGGUGCUCCAUUUAGAAGACGCAGCAACUUU